AUGGCUUCCAAUGAGCCUAAUAACACACCGCCAGCAGAGGCUUCAUCCUCGACAUCGGAAUCCCAGUCAGCGUACAACGACCUCAAACGCCUGAUCCCUUCACUCGCCGCAGAACUGGAACUGCUCAGGACCUCCUUGCGCGAACACAGCCUGUGGCUACUCCGAUACGGCCACACAAACAGCCUUCCAGGAGCAUCCGCAGCGGGCCCCUCCGGCCAGGCAACAACCAGCACCGCCCAGCCGCCCACCGUGCACCCAGACCAGGACCGCUACAUCGAGCCACGGCCCAUCCCGCCCCCGCCAGGGCCGCAGCAGCAACCAGCGCAGCCUUCAUCGUCGUCGUCGUCGUCAUCAUCACAACAGCAGCCGCCACCGCCACCGCCCCCGGCCGGCGACCAGGAACCCGAGCUCCCGGGGUACUCUGCCUCGGACGUGCCGCCGUACACGGGCGGGUUCAGCACCGUGUCGGCGUCGACGCGCGAGGAGGUGCGCCAGCGGCGCGACCAGCUGACCGAGUGGCUGCGCGAGGGCGAGGACGUGCUGCGCGAGUACUCGGCGCGGUUCGCACAGCUGGCCGAGGAGCUGGGCCAGCCCGUCGAGGACCCCCUGGGCACCUGGCACAACGCGAACCCGGACAACGCCCUGCCCGACUACCAGCAGGUCGAGGAGCGCGAGGAGCUCAUGGUCGGGGGCGUCGGGGAGGUGCCGCCGCCCUAUCUGAGCGACAGGCCGACGCCCAAGGGUGGGCAGGGGUGA